AUGGAGAUGACACUGCAAUCUGCAUUGUGCCCAACAAAGCGUCCUGUGUGCAUGUUAGAAGGCGAAAACCUGACAGCCACAGCUCCUAAGUUUACAAAGAGACGGCGAAGAGAUCACUCCUCUGCUGUUAAAGAACAGCAAGCUGAAGUACAGCAGCCACGGGCUGAUCAAUCUGCUGCUACUACUACUGCUGCUACUGCAACUGUUAAAAGAAGCUCGAGAUUCCGUGGUGUUAGCAGGCAUAGAUGGACAGGAAGGUAUGAAGCGCAUUUAUGGGACAAAGGGUCAUGGAAUCCCACACAAAGGAAGAAGGGAAAGCAAGUGUAUCUGGGAGCUUAUGAUGAAGAAGAAUCUGCUGCGAGAGCAUAUGAUUUAGCAGCACUAAAGUACUGGGGAACAACAACUUUUACCAAUUUCCCGGUAUCAGAUUAUGAGAAAGAAAUUGAGAUCAUGAAAACCCUUACUAAAGAAGAGUACUUGGCAUCAUUAAGAAGAAGAAGUAGUGGCUUUUCAAGAGGUGUUUCCAAGUAUAGAGGAGUUGCAAGGCACCAUCACAAUGGGAGAUGGGAAGCAAGGAUAGGGAGAGUGUUUGGAAACAAAUAUCUCUACUUGGGAACUUACAGCACCCAAGAGGAGGCUGCUCAUGCUUAUGAUAUUGCAGCAAUAGAAUACAGAGGCAUCAAUGCAGUGACUAACUUUGACUUGAGCACCUACAUCAGAUGGCUAAGACCAGUUUUCAAUUCACUUGCUGCCCAAGAACCAAAACCCGCCGCAACCACUACAAUCCCACCGACAACUUCGCCUUACCUCAUUCCCACUAAUGAAAAACCAGACUCUUCCAUUUUCAAUCUCAACCCUUUUACAUUAGAGGACUUGGAGACCUCCAAACCCCAAGAGAUUUUCCAAAGUCAGACACCUAUUAGUCCCUUCAUCAACUCUUCUUCCCCGACCGCACUUGACCUCCUCUUCAAAUCCUCAGUGUUCAGGGAGCUAGUUGAGAAGAAUCUGUGCGCGGAGAGUGAUGAAAACGAAGGCAAUGACAUGAAGAACCUGCUACAGAUGAAGAACAGCCAUUUUGACAUGAUUUCCUAUGAUGGCAAUGGCAGUAUAGAUUGUACUAGUUCUGCCAAUUCCUAUGCAUUGCCUGGUUUGGAGUCUCAGGAGGAGAGCGCAUUGACAUUGUGCAAUGAAAGGGGACAAUCUCUAUGGAACUUUCCAUCAAACUUUUCUUCUGUUAAUUUUAACUAA